UUAAAACCCAAUGGUAAAUUCUGUAAUAAACCCGAACCCGGUUACAGGUAUGGAAGGCCCAAGAGCAACCCAACUAGACUUCUGCCCACGCUCUGAUUGGCGCAUUCUGCGUCUGUUGCUCUAAACCAUUGGAAUCAUAUUAUCCUCUCUCUCUCUCUCUCUCUCUCUCUCUCUCUAUCUUUGCUGCCUUUCCCCAAAGUUUUGGCCUUUUCUUUGACACAAAAAUUGUUUUAAAAAAAAAUUCCGGUGACCCGAAUCGGAAUCGGGGACGAUCCACAGAAAUUCCGGUGACCCAUUUCGGAUUUGGACCCACCCAGAUCGGAUUCGGACUCUCGUUGUGGGGAAAACACUGGGGCCCGCAUUGAUUUCCGAUGUUUUUAAGAUAAAAAUCCCACAGUUGUUUGAGUUUGACCAUAUGAGUUUGAUGAUGACGAUGACGAAAGAGAAAUAGGGUAUUGUAGAAUUUUAAAAUGAGAAGAUGAAUGUAAAUCUGGGUUGGGGUUUAGGCUAAGAUUCAUGGGGAUUUGUUUCAGUAUCGAAGAAAAACAAUUACAACAACAGCAGCAGCAGCAACAACUGCUGCAAAAACAAGAUCCACUGCAACAGCAGUUUAUGAAGAGGAGUCAAGUAGGACAUGAAUCAGCUACACCUCCGAAUACACUAGAAAGAAGUGCGAGUAGCACUCCUUUGCCUCCCAAAAAUGUUAAAGAUCUCCGUGAAAAUCCUGGAUAUAGUAAUGUUGAUAUCUUUACAUAUGAGGAAAUGCGGUUGGCCACAAAGUGUUUCCGGCCAGAUUUGAUUCUUGGGGAGGGUGGGUUUGGAAUUGUAUACAAAGGAGUUAUUGAUGAGAAUGUGAGGCCAGGUUACAAGACCACCCAAGUUGCCAUUAAGGAGCUUAACCGAGAAGGGUUCCAAGGUGACAGGGAAUGGCUGACAGAAGUUAAUUAUUUAGGGCAGCUCCGUCACUCCAAUCUUGUGAAGCUCAUUGGGUACUGCUGUGAAGAUGAGCACAGGCUGUUAGUUUAUGAGUACAUGGCAAGCGGGAGCCUGGAAAGACAUCUUUUUCGAAGUGAAAAGCUUACGAUUCAAUAAUUUUCUUCACACUCUUUUGAACUGAGAAGGAGGGAAAAACAAGAGGAAAUGGGGAACACUAUGGCAAAUGAAGAGGGAAAGUACAAAAUGAAGUAAUCAGCAAAGCAAUUCUGUUCUACUUAAAUUUUCACGCUCUCUUAAUUCUACAGCCUUCGAAAACCAGUUACUGAACU